CGGUAGGGAGGAGGCAAAGGGGCGUUUUCCUGGCGUUCGUAUCGUUGUGUCGGGUAUAGCUCCUCCUGCUUCCCGGCUGCGUGUGCGUGCUGUUUUUAUUGGAUCGUGGAACGGUUUGGGUUGGAAGGGACCUUAAAUAGCAUCUAAUGCCAAUCCCUGCCAGGGACAGAGAAGCUGUGGCUGCCCCUGGAUCCCUGCAAUUGUCCAAAGCCAGAUUGGAAGUUGAAGCUUGGAGCACCCUGAGAUAGUGGAAGGUGUCCCUGCCCGUGGCGGGGGGUGACACUGGGUGGGCUUUGAGGUCCAUCCCAACCUUUUACCAUUCCGUGAUUCCAUGAACAAGGCACGGUCACAGCGCAGUGCCCAAACUCAAGAUGGCUCCUCCCUCAGACUCACCUGCCCUACUCCAAGAUGGCGGCGGCCGCGUCAGGCGCUGCUGCCACCGCCUGUCCUCCCGCCCCUUCCCCUGGUGCGGAAACCGCCGGAGCAGCGGCAGGAGCAGGGACGGAGCUGCCGCUUCCCCGAGGAGAAGGCGGAGAGCGCGGGAGAACCAUGAAACCACCCCAGCGCCACAGCGACGCGCGGUAAGGGCUCCCGCAGGAAGCUUGUCCCCUCCCGGCGGCCGUACCGCCGUUCCCGCCUGAACGCGGUGUGGGCGUGGCGGCGGCGCCGGCCGCGAGGGGCCCCGCGGCCAUGAAGGCGCUGCGGCGGCUGAGCCGGCACCGCACCGCGCUGGGGCUCGGCGGGCUCUCCCUCUGCGCCGCCGUCCUGCUCUACCUCGCCAAGUGCACCUCCGAGGGGCUGCGCCCGCUGCCCGCGGCCCCCGCGCUCCCGCACAGCCAGCCCGGCCGGGGGGCCCGCGCCGCGCCCCCGCCCGCCCCUGAGGGCAGCGCCUUGUUGGCCGUGGUGGUGAUGAGCGGCCCCAAGUACAGCGAGCGGCGCAGCAUCAUCCGCAGCACCUGGAUGGCGGCGGCGCGGCAGGCGCCUCACGGCCACGUCUGGAGCCGCUUCGUGGUGGGCACGGCGGGGCUGGGCGCCGAGGAGCUGCGGAGCCUGGAGCUGGAGCAGAGCCGCCACCGGGACCUGCUGCUGCUGCCGGAGCUGCGCGACUCGUACGAGAACCUCACGGCCAAGGUGCUGGCCACCUACGUGUGGCUGGACGCGCACCUGGACUUCCAGUUCGCCCUCAAGGCUGACGACGACACCUUCGUGCGCUUGGACGUGCUGGUGGAGGAGCUGAGGGCCAAGGAGCCGCGGCGCCUCUACUGGGGCUUCUUCUCGGGCCGCGGGAGGGUGAAAUCCGGGGGCAAGUGGAAGGAGAGCGCUUGGCUGCUGUGCGAUUAUUACCUGCCCUACGCGCUGGGCGGCGGCUACGUGAUCUCCGCCGACCUGGUGCGCUACCUGCGCCUCAGCAGGGACUACCUGAACCUGUGGCAGAGCGAGGACGUGUCCCUGGGGGUGUGGCUGGCGCCCAUCGACGUGAAGAGAGUGCACGACCCCCGCUUCGACACCGAGUACAAAUCGCGCGGCUGCAACAACAAAUACAUCGUGACUCACAAGCAGAGCAUCGAGGACAUGCUGGAGAAGCACCAGACGCUGGCGAAGGAAGGGAAGCUCUGUAAGGAAGAGGUGAAACUCAGGCUUUCCUACAUGUACGACUGGGGAGUGCCUCCCUCCCAGUGCUGCCAGAGGAAGGAUGGCAUCCCCUGAAAGGCUCGGGGAGAAGCCUCAGGAGGAUGGACUCUGCUUGCUGUUACAUGGGGAGAAUCCCAGUAAAAUGGAAUUCUUGCCUCAGUUUCUCCCUCAGAACAUUGGGCCCAAGGCUUUGGGAUGCAGGCCUGGCUGGAUUUAGGGAAGAGCGGUUCAUUUGAGUCAGGACUCCUGGAAUCUCCCACUUCAUAUCCAUGGACAGACUUCCCAAAUCCCGGCCUGCCGCUGUGGAUCCAUAAUUCCAGCAGAAUUGAGCGGGAAGAGCUGCUAACAUGGAAUUUUUGUGGAAGGAUGGCAUCUCCUGAAAGCCUCGGGGAGAAGCCUCAGGAGAAUGGGCCUGCUUGCUGUUACAUGGAGGAGAAUCCCAUUAAAAUGGAAUUUUUGCCUCAGUUACUCCCUCAGAACAUUGGGAACAAAUCAUUCCCCAUAGGCAUCGUUCCCAAAGGCUUUGGGAUGCAGGCCUGGCUGGAUUUAGGGAAGAGCAGUUCAUUGGAGUCAGGGGUUAAUUACUCUUAGGAAGAUUUUGCACAGCUCAUUCUGUCACCCCAGAGCUGCUGCCGUGGCACAGUUAGAGAUGCUUAAAAAAAACCCCAAAACAGGUGACAGAAAGCACAGGAAAAGGUCAAACGCCAGGAUUGAAGGCAAAUAAAAGGUGGCAAAACCCAGGGAGAAGAGAAAAUCAGAGGGAGAGAACUGGAAUAUGAAAAGUUUGAGCAGAUUCUGAGGUUCAUUUACUAAAGGCCAUGCUGAGUUUUGAUGCUGUUGAGACUGAGGUGAGGCUGCUGGUUAUUCCUUGGCAAGGAAACACCAGUUUGGCGUGGAAGGAAGAGCCCAAACUGGGAACAGAUUAUUCCAGAGGGAACAGGUGAUUGCUACAGGCAGGAAAAGGGAACAGCUUUUCCUGGGAUCCCUGCAGGGGGAGCGCUCUGGAAUGAUGAAAUUUGUUCAUUUGUCUCUUUUUUGCUGCUUGACAGGCAAUGUACAUAAACCUCCUGGCAGCUCUGAAGGGAUGUGUCUGAGUUUUGGCAGAAAUCAAAUUUAUUCUGAUUUUGGGACAUUUUUUGGCUUUGAAAAAGCCUCCAGGUGUUGUUUUGAGCUCAUUUCCCUCCAAAACUCAAGAACUCCGUGGCUGCUCCAGGCCAUUGCAGACUUUAAAUUUAGAUUUAUUUUUAAUGCAAAUGAGCAGGAAUUGAUCAGUGGGAGUUCCAAAAACCAUUUGCCCAAAGGUGGGGAUUUAAGGCGUAAAAGUGAACUUAGUGUAGUCAAGAGAAAAAUGUUCCCCCACUCCAAAAAUUGAGCUUUGAGAACUUUAUUUCUCUUUUCAGCACACUAAAAAAUCCCAAUUAGGUGCUCAAAGCUGAGGGAAUUCCCUCCUUCUCUCCCAAAAUUCCUUGUAGAGGAACUAAAAUGGAAUUAAUUGGCAGUGACACAUCCACAAAUUGCAUUUUCGCCUUAGUCCUGGCUACACCAAAAUAAUCAGAGCUCACACAGGUCUCAGACAUUAUUGAUUUAUCUCCAAACCUGGAAUUCCGACAUUUUUCACUGGCAGCUGCUCCAAUAUUUUUCCAGUCCCCUGUCCCAGCCGCGGCUCUUGCGGCAUGAGCGUUUUUUACUUUGUAAAUGUAAAAUUCCAUUUUUUCAAUGUCUUUUUUUGUGAUUUCUUUGGUGUUUGUUGCACUCUGCACUUUCAUUCCCGUCCCAUUCCCUCCUCCCCAACUCUGGCUGCAAGAGACAAAAGGCAAAGAAAAAUUGAAAAUUCAAGAAGUGCCAAUUUCUCUUUCUUUUUUGCUUCUUAGAAAAAUUAGGAAUUUUAGGAAUGCCAAAGGGAUCAAUUCUGUUGGGUUUUUGUUGGGUUUUUUUUCUUGUUAUUCUCUUGAUUUGAUUAAUUAUUGAAGAUUAAAAAUCUUCAGAAAUCUGCUUUGAAAAUUUCAAGGCUAUGACUUCCUCCUAAAACAAAACUAAAAUCCUGCAAAAACUCAAUUAUUUUUGCAUGUCAAACUCGACUAUUAUGAUUAUAAUAAUUAUAAUUAUCUUUAUAAUGCAUGCUUAGGGAUUACCAGGGAGUCUUUUUUUCCCAGAAUAUCCUAUUCCAAACCAGGAAUUUUCCAAGAUGACAGCAAAUUCCAGUUUUUUAAACAUCCAUUUGCCAUCUGAGGUUCAUUAAUGUUGUCUGUAUUGUGAUAAAUUACCUGUAAUGUGAAUAUUUAUUUAUAAUUAUAUUUAUUUAUAAUUCUUGCCAGUGUAUUCUCUUUAUUUUCCCAGGAAAAUGACAAAUAAAUCCAUUUAUUCCCAGAA